AUGGUCCCAAUCCAAAAAAGACUCAUAUCUAUGGUGACUGUGUUUUUAGAAUGUCACUUGGAUGACUUGAGCAAUUUAGGCAACAAAGGAGAGACUCAUCAUGGUAAUAUUGGUGAGGUAUUGGAGAAAACAGAUGAUGCUCGUGGCUCUCGCCAUAGCCCACAAUGGUUGCCUUGA